AUGGCACCCACAAAAAAUCUACUUGAAGUAGUAAAAACUGUUAAACCCGAAGGACUUAUAGGUGCCUGCACCGUGGGUGGAGUCUUUACUGGAGAAAUUAUUAGUGAAAUGGCUAAAAAUCAUCCGCGACCUAUUAUUUUUGCUCUAUCAAAUCCAACAUCGAAAGCGGAAUGUACGGCAGAAGACGCUUAUCAGAAGACGAAUGGAUCAGUUCUUUUCGCUUCGGGAUCACCGUUUGAAAAUGUGGAACUCAAUGGUAGAAUAUACAAACCCGGACAGGGUAACAACGCUUACAUCUUCCCUGGUGUAGCACUAGGAGCAAUUCUAUUCAAGGCAAAACAUAUACCAGAAAUGGCAUUCCUUCUUGCAGCUAGGCGUUGCGCCAGUUUUGUUUCUAACAAACAAUUGGAAACCUAUGCGCGACUCUAUCCUCGUCUCAAGGAUAUUCGAGAACUUUCUGUCCUCAUAGCCAAAGAUGUCGGCAACUACUUGUAUGAGCAAAAUCUAGCAACGCUCCAUCCGGAACCAGAAGAUAAG